AUGGGCUGCGGACCUUCCCAACCCGUCGAAGAGCAGAGACGCGUCCCCGCGCCCAGGAAGGGCUGGGAAGAGGAGGUCAAGGCUGAUGUUGGUGAGACUCAUUCCGAGGACAAUUGCAGACCCCAGAUUAAAGCUCCUCUGCCCAAGGACACUGCAGACAGUGCAGAGGGCCUGGAAAAACGGGCCCAGAUGGGAAGCUUACCCGGAACCAUUCCAGAAAGUUCCCCAUCUCCUAGUGAACAAAAUGGAAGAGUACAUUCAGACCUAGUGCCCAACGGAUUAAUCAGCAAACCCCAGGACCUGGAGAAUCGAGAGCGGCAAAGAUCAUCAGACAUCCUGGAGGAACUCAUUGUUCAAGGAAUAAUACAGAGCCACAGUAAAGUAUUUAGAAAUGGAGAGUCAUACGAUGUCAUGGUGGACACGACUGAGAAGCCACUGAGAAAGCCACCAGCCAGACUGAAAAAACUGAAGAUCAAAAGGGAAGUGAAGGAUUUCACCAUGAAGGACAUAGAAGAGAAGAUGCAGGCAGUGGAGGAGCGCCGGAAGACUAAAGAAGAAGAAAUAAGGAAAAGACUACGGAGUGAUCGACCUUUGCCCCCAGACCAUCAUUGGGAUUUAGUGGAACUGGGUGGGGCUGAGGUCCCGUUCGCCAAAGGACUUAAAACUGUGAGCUCUACUGGGCUUGAACUACCUGACCUGCAAGGAGGAGAGCUGCUGAAAAGGAAAAAGAGCAAAAGUGAGACCACCUCAAGCGAUUUAAACUACAGUGAUGAAGGUAUUGGUGUCGUGGAAUCAGACAUGUCCUACAACCAAGCAGAUGACAUGUUCUAAUAUGCCAUUUUAUGUGAAUUUAGUAAAAAAUACAUCUCUCUCCAGCUGUGACUUUCUUAAUAUGCCGCACGUUUUCUUUGACUGUCUCACCCCAUUGGGAGUCCUGCCUUGGGCUUAGGAAUGAGUUGUGAGCAGCACGGGCUGGAGGUUAGUUGGGUAAAUGAAAUGGCUAUGUUAUCUAAAAAUGGAAGAUUUGACCAGCUUGUAAGACUGGCAUUCUCCUUCACUGUGGCUUCAAACAUUAUGAAAAUGUCUUCGAUUUUCUGAGUUCUUUCCCAUUUACUUUACUGUGUUCAUGCCAAAUGAAUCCU